AUGGAUUUCGGUGACUGGGACAACCUCCGCCGCGAAGCUUACCGCCUCGAGAGAGACCUUGACGUCCGCCUCUCCUCCUACGCCAAGCUUGGAAUGGGUUAUGCCAAUGCAAGGGCUCAAGUGAGCAAAUCUCACUGGAAGUCGAUGGAGAUGGAGAUCGAAAACCUCUUGGAGCGGUUACUUGAUGUUAAUGAGGUCAUGAUCCAAUUCAAUUUGAUUGCCAAGCGCACAAAGCAUGCCAAUAAGUAUACGUUCCAUAGAAAGGAAGAACAUGACUACCAAAAGAGGUCUUGGAUCGCAUCAUCUAAGGAUGCCAAACCUGCCGAUGAUGCAUUGCCAUAUGACUAUGAGUAUGCUGCUACCAAUGAUGGUCCUAAUGCUAACCAUGAUGAUGAUGAUGCUAUCAAUGAUGAUACUGAUGCUAAACAUGAUGAUGAUGAUGAUGUUAAUGAUGAUGCUGAUGAUGAUGCUACCAAUGAUGACCCUGGAGAUAAUGAUAAUGAUAGUGAUUAUGCAUGGAAUUUAAAUAAAAAUGGAAAGUGUGCAUGGUGA